AUGGAAGCUAUAGUCGAUUAUGUGUCACAUUUGUAUGUGGCCCGUGAGUGUUUGGAAGCCACACGAAAACACAAACGCGAAUUUGCCGAUUUCCUGGCUCGAUGCCACAAAACCACAUUCAGUAAACGUUUGGAUUUGUGGCACUUUUUAGGUUGGUGUUUCUAA